AUGGCGGAGAGCGGCGCCUGGCUGCUGGUGCUCAGCGCCGUGUUCCUCUGCAACGCGCUCAAGAUCCUUCUGCCCUCCUGCUCCACCGUCGUAUCCAGGCUGCUACAGAAGGAUGCAGAGCAAGAAUCCCAGAUGAGAGCUGAGAUCCAGACCAUGAAGCAGGAGCUUGCCACCAUCAGUAUGAUGGAUGAGUUUGCCAGAUAUGCCAGGCUGGAGAGGAAGAUUAAUAAACUGACUGACAAGCUCAAAACCCAUGUGAAAGCACGAACUGCCCAAUUAGCCAAAAUAAAGUGGGUCAUAAAUAUUGUAUUCUACAUAUUGCAGGCUGCCCUGAUGAUCUCUCUGAUCUGGAAGUACUACUCCGAGCCCGUCACGGUACUUCCCAGCAAAUGGCUGGCUCCCCUGGAGCGCCUGGUGGCCUUCCCUACAGGAGUGGCAGGAGGUGUGGGAAUUACCUGCUGGCUUGUGGUCUGCAAUAAAGUUGUAGCUAUCAUGCUGCACCCCUUCAGCUGA